AUGUCCCGCAUCACCUCAACCGGCAUCACGACGAACGCCGGCUUGAUUUCGGGCAUCCCGAUCGAGGAGACGGUCAACCAGCUCAUCGCGCUCUCCGCGCGACCGCGUGACACGCUGUCCAGUCGCACCGACGGGCUGCGGAGCGAGCAGUCGGCCGUCGACCAACUGUCGGCGCUGGUGUUGUCAUUCCAGUUCUCGGCGGACCGGUUCAGUGCGAACUCCACGUUCACCGGACGGUCGGUCUCGUCAUCGAGCGACGCGAUCAGCGUCUCGGUCGCGAGCGGCGCCACGCCGGCGCUGGGCAGCUAUCAGUUCACGCCGCUGCAGACGGCGUCGGCACACCAGCUCGUCUCCGGCACGUUCACCGACCUGACCGAGGGCCUCGGCGACGGCACUUUGCGCUUCGGCUUCGGCGGACGGGUCGACAAGGGCGUCGACCUCACCGAACUGAACGGCGGAGCGGGCGUCCCCGCGGGCGAGAUCAAGAUCACCGACCGCAACGGCGACACGGCGGUCAUCGACCUCCGCGCGGCGCAGACGGUCGACGACGUGUUGCGGACGAUCAACGCAACCACCGACAUCAGCGUCACGGCGACGACCCAGGGCGACGCGUUCGUCUUGACCGACAACAGCGGCGGCAGCGGCACGCUAAGCGUCACCGACGUCGGGCUCGGCUCGACGGCGACCGCGCUCGGCCUGACCAACGCCGCUUCGGGUGACACGAUCACCGGCAAUGAUGUCUACGGCCUCACGGUCGACUCGAGGCUCGACUCGCUAAACGACGGCCUGGGGGUGCGAACCUCCAGUUCCACCGAAUCGAACGACCUCAGUUUCCAGUUGCGAGACGGGACCACCGCCUUCAACGUCAAUCUCUCCGACGCCACGACGAUCGGCGACGUCGUCGAUGCCAUCAACAACGCCGAGGCCAACGGCGGCCUGCUGACGGCGUCGAUCACUGACAACGGCAUCGUCCUCACGGACAACACCGGCUCGACCGCCGGCAACCUGAUCGUCACGAGCGAGUCGGGGUUCGCGGAGAGUCUCGGCAUCGCCACGGGCGACGCCGGCGUCGCCGAGAACACGGUCAGCAGCCGCCUGAUCUCAGGCCUGCAAGACACCCUCGUUCGAAAUCUCGAUGGCGGGCAGGAGCUGACUCUGGGGUCGAUCUCGAUCACCGACCGCAGCGGGGCUUCUGACGACAUCGAUCUAUCCGGCGCGGAGACGCUCGAAGAGAUCAUCGACGCGAUCAACAACAACGGCACGGUUGACGUCACGGCCGCGGUCAACGAGGCCCGCAGCGGGAUCGUCAUCACGGACAACACCGGCGGUACGGCGAGCAACCUGAUCGUCGCCGACACGGGAGGGACGACGACGGCAACCGACCUCGGCAUCGUGGUCGACGCGGCCGCCACGUCCGUCGACAGCGGCUCGCUCAGCCGCAAGACGAUCAGCGAGGCGACGCAGCUGACGAGCCUCAACGGCGGCGCCGGCAUCGACCUCGGCGACGUCCGCAUCACCGACUCGGCGGGCAACACCAGCGCCGUCGACCUGAACACCCCCGGCUCCGAGGCCACGUCCGUCGGCGACGUGAUCGACCGAAUCAACGAUCUCUCGAUCGGCGUCGCCGCGUCGAUCAACGACACAGGCGACGGGAUCCUGCUCACCGACACGGCCGGCGGAAGCGGAACGCUCACGGUCGCCGAGGUCGGCAACGGCACGACCGCCGCCGACCUGAACCUCGUCGGCGCCUCGUCGACGAGCGACGGCUCGGGGCGGCAGACGAUCGACGGCACGUUCGGUUACGAGAUCGACCUCUCGACACUCUCGGCGACCAACGACAGCGUCGCCUUGUCUUCGCUGAACAAUGGCGACGGCGUUCAGCUCGGCGUCUUUGAGAUCACGAACUCACUGGAUCAAUCGGCAUCCGUUCAACUGGGUGCCGCCGGUGACGAGGCAUUCACGAUCGACGAUGUCCUCGCGAAGAUCAACGAGACCAACAUCGGCGUCGAGGCCUCUCUCAACGACGCCGGGACGGGGAUCGUCCUGACGGACACCACUGGCGGUGACGGCACGCUCUCGGUUCGCGAUCAAGGUGACGGGCGUGCGGCCUUGGACCUCGGCCUAGUUGGCAGCUCCAGCACAACGAACGACAACGGUCAGCAGACCAUCGACAGCGGUUUCCUCUUCGCGUCGGACGCGGCGGAGACCAGUGCGCUGGACGAGUUGGUCGAACGGAUCAACGACCUCGACGCCGGCGUCACGGCGUCGGUGCUCACCGACCUGAACGGCUCGCGCCUGGUGAUCACUGCGGACAACACCGGUUCGGCAAACGAGCUGCUGAUCGACACCGGCUCGACGAGUCUCUCUUUCACCGAGACGAGCCGGCCGACCGACGCCGCCGCGCUGUUCGGCCCGGGCGGCGGCGCCGGCGUCGUGGUCCGCUCCCAGUCGAACCAGUUCAACGACAUCGUCGACGGGCUCGACAUCUCGAUCAACCAAGCGACCGGCGCUUCGGCGACGGUCGACGUUUCGACCGACGACGCCCCGCUGCUCGACGCGGCGCAGGACUUCGUCGACUCGUACAACUCGCUCCGCGCGACGCUCGACGGCUUCACGUCGUUCGACGUGGAGUCGCUGACCACCGGCGUCCUGUUCGGCCGCAACGAGGCGCUGCGAGUCGACACUGACCUGUCGCGGAUCCUCUCCGGGCGGAUCGUCACGGGAACGGACUACGGCUCGCUCGAAGCGGUCGGCAUCACGCUCAACGACGACGGCACGCUGGCGCUCAACCGUUCGGAGCUCUCCGCGGCCUUCGCCGACGACCCCGCGGGCGUCGAACGGCUCUUCACGGACGACACCGACGGCGUGGUGACGCGGCUCUCCACCGCAAUCGACCAACUCGCCGGCGAAGAGAACUCGCUGCUUUCGAGCCGCUCCAACGCCCUGCAGCGGACGAUCGACUCGAACGAAGAGCGGAUCACCUCUCUCAACGAAUCGCUCGAACGCGAACGCGAGCGACUGCUGCUCGAGUUCAUCCGCCUGGAACCCGCUAUGAGCACGAACCAGACCCGUGAGUACCUCGAAGCGAAGGUCCAGACGGCCAACUCGGCCCAGUUGCACCUGAUGCUGCUGGACGGCGCGCUCCGCUUCGGACGCGAGGCGGAGAAGGGCGUGUUGCGGCAGGACGAGCAGGCGUUUCAACCGCCGCUGCUCAAGACGAUGGACAUCGUGGAGGAGUUGCUCGCCGGCGUCCGCCACAGCGAGACCGACCUCAACGCAAAGCUGGCGCAGCUCUACUCGUUCGUCUACGCCCGGCUGACGAGCGUCUACGUCAACGCCGACAAGCAGCUCAUGGCCGAGGCGCUGCAGAUCCUCGAGUUCCAGCAAGAGACUUGGCGGAAGGCUUGCGAGGCGCUCGGCGAGGAAAAAACGCCGGCGACCCCCUCACGGAAGCCGGCGCCCAAGCCGCACCUGGGCGACGCCCCCGCCUCGACGCCCGCCGCGGGCAUCUCCUUCGAGCCUACUGCCUCCCUCAUGCCCGCGACCAAGCAGCUCAUCCGCGUCGGCCACUCGCCCGACCCGGACGACGCCUUCAUGUUCUACGCCUUGGCGAAGGACACCAUUCCGACCGGCGACUACGAGUUCACCCACGAGCUGGUUGACAUCGAGACGCUCAACCAGCGGGCGUUCUCCGGCGAGUUGGAGCUGACCGCCGUCAGCAUCCACGCCUACGCCUUCUUGCAGGAUCAGUACCUGCUUUGCAACUGCGGGGCGAGCAUGGGCGACGGCUACGGCCCGAUGGUCGUCGCCAAGGAGACCUGCACCGUCGACGAGCUGCGGCGGAAGCGGAUCGCGAUCCCCGGCAAGCUGACCAGCGCGACGCUGUCGCUGCGGCUAUUCCUCGGCGGCGACUUCGACCACGUCCUGGUCCCGUUCGACGAGAUCAUCCCGGCCGUCGUCGCCGGCGAGUACCACGGCGAACCGAUCGACGCCGGCCUGCUGAUCCACGAGGGCCAACUCACCUACGGCGACCAGGACCUCAAGCUGAUCGUCGAUCUCGGCGUCUGGUGGGGCGAGGAGACUGGGGGGUUGCCGCUGCCGCUAGGCGCGAACGCCAUCCGCAAGAACCUCGGCACCGAGACGAUCCUCGAAGUCGAGCGGCUCUUGAAGGAGAGCAUCGAGUACGGUCUGGACCAUCGUCAGCCGGCGCUCGACUACGCCCUGCAGUACGGUCGCGACCUCGACAACGCCAAGGCGGACAAGUUCGUUGGCAUGUAUGUCAACGACUGGACGCGCGACUUCGGUGAGAAGGGGCGCGAGGCGGUCCGCCUGUUCCUCGAGCGCGGCCAUCAAGCCGGCGUGCUGCCCGAGCUCGUUGCGACGCACCUUGUCGAUGGCACGCCGCUGGCGCUCGACGUCGGUCAGCGCCUGGCGGCUGACGGCCCCUUGGCGUUCGUCGGGCCCGCUGAGCCCCCGGACGCCAUCAAGGGCUUCCGCUGCAUGGCCGACGUCGAGCCGCGCGUUGGCCCGCUCUCGGGGGCGGUCGCGGCGAUUGCCGAUCGGCUGAACCGAUACGGACCGGGCUUGCUCGUCCUGGCGUCGUGUGACCUUGUUCGGCCCGAACGGGCGUGGCUCGACCCGCUGCUCGCCGCGCAUCAAGCUGCCGCCGAACUCGACGUGGCCGCCUACCGCACCGGCGAGCGAUGGCAGCCCUUCCCGUCGGUCGUCUCAACCGCGUGGCUUGAGCCGCUCCGCGCGACGGUCGCCUCAGGGACACGCUCGUUCCAAGCGGCGCUGGAAUCGUCGCGGAGCUGCCCCGUCGCUUGGCUGCACGAGGGCGACGGCCCGCCGCAAGCCAACACGCCGGAAGAACUAGCGGCGCUGUUGCGGGGCUCCGGCCUGCUCGGCCGCUGGAACGCGAUCCCGCUCUACUUGCGGAUCGUCAUCGCCCUGGUGCUGGGCGUCGUGACGGGCCUCGCUCUCGGCGAGCGGGCCCUCAUCAUGGAGAUCCCCAGCAAGGUGAUCCUCCAGCUCUUGGGGGCGCUCGCGCCGCCGCUGAUCCUGGUCGCCGUCACGCACGUGCUCAUGACGACCGAAGUACGCGGCAAGAUGGCGGCGCGGCUCUUCAGCCUGCUGCUGCUCAACACGACGGUCGCGAUCGCGAUUGGCCUUUCGAUCGCCAACCUGAUGCGCCCCGGCGAGUGGUCGAAGCUCGACGUGCCCGACGAGAUCGCCGCUUCGGCCGAGGCGGAGGGCCCCGACCCGGUCGAGCUUCUGGUCGAGAACGUCCCGAAGAGCAUCCUCGGCCCGUUGGGCGACAAGCAGAACAUCAUCGGCGUGAUCAUCAUCGCCGUGGCCUUCGGCGUCGCGUUGCGCGGCGUCAAGACGAAGCCGAUCGGGACGGUCCAGGACCUGGUCGAGAUCGCGUACGAGGUGCUGCUCACCGUGCUGCACUGGAUCAUCCAGCUCGUGCCGAUCGGUGUCUUCGCGAUCGUCGCGAAGGUGGUCGGCACAGAAGGGUUCGCCCCUUUCCAGGCGAUGGGCGCUUUCGUGCUGGCGGUGGUGAUCGCCUUGCUCUUGCAGGCCGCGUGGUACCUGCUGCGGCUUCAGUUCUUCAGUUGGGCUCGGCCACUCGACGUGCUGCGCGGCGUGCGUGACGCGCUGGUGAUGGCGUUCAGCACCGACAGCUCGACCGCCACGAUGCCGGUCACGUACGCCUGCUUGAAGGAGAAGGUCGGUCUGCGUGAGGAGUCGGCCAGCAUGGGUUCGCUCGUCGGCGCCAACUUCAACAACGACGGCACCGCCCUGUACGAGGCGAUGGCCGCGCUCUUUGUCGCGCAGCUCAUCGGCCAAGACCUGACGCUCACGCAACAACUGAUCGUCGUGUUCACGUCGAUCAUCGCCAGCGUCGGCGCCGCGGGCAUCCCCGAGGCGGGCCUUGUGACGAUGACCCUCGUCUUUUCCGCGGUCGGCUUGCCGAUCGGCUACAUCGGCUUGCUGCUAACGGUCGAUUGGUUUCUCGACCGCUGCCGCACGACGAUCAACGUCCUGGGCGACGUGAACCUCCUGUCGUUGCUCACCUUCGUGCUCCUCGCCGCCUCGCCGGUGGUGGCGGACCACCACGCUACUGACGACGACGAGGGUGACAAGUCAGCCGAGACCGAGUCCGAGGAUCAAGGCGAGGACGAGGACGCUGAGGAACCCACGCCCUCGGUGACGGCCGGCGUGGUGACGAUCGCCGGCGUCGAGACGCCGUACGUCGCCACGACCGGCAAGCUCCUGCUCAAGGACGACGCGCUCGACGAGAAAGCCGAGGUCUUCUUCGUCGCUUACACCCGCGGCGAACUCGACGAGGAGGCGGUGGACGGGGGCCCGGCGGUCGCCGACCCCUCGCGGCCGAUCACGUUCUGCUUCAACGGCGGCCCCGGGUCGGCAAGCGUCUGGCUGCACCUGGGGAUGCUCGGCCCGAAGCGGGUGAAGCUGCCGGACGACGCGUCGUUCCCCGCCCCGCCCUACAGCGUGGUCGAGAACCCCUACUCGCUGCUCGACGUGACCGACCUGGUGUUCAUCGACCCGGUCAGCACCGGCUACAGCCGACCCGCCGAAGGCGAGGAGAAGGAGCAGUUUCACGGCCUGGAGGAAGACGUCGAGAGCGUCGGCCUCUUCAUCCACAACUACGUCACCGAGUACGGCCGCUGGCGGUCCCCCAAGUUCGUGCUCGGCGAGAGCUACGGAGGCAUCCGCGGCGCCAUGCUCGCCGACCUGCUGCAGUCGCGCUACCGGAUGUACUUGAACGGCGUCGUCUUCAUCUCGGCCGUGUUCGACUUCUCGACGCUCCACUUCGCGCCGAACAACGACCUGCCCUACAUCCUCUUCCUGCCGGGCUACGCGGCGACGGCGUGGCGGCACAAGGCGCUCGACGACGAUCUGCUCGGCAAGUCGCUCGAAGAGGUCGUCGCCGAGGCGGAGGCCUUCGCCUACGGCGACUACGCCGACGCCCUGCUGCAGGGAGCGGCGAUGCCCGAAGAGAAACGGCGGGAGGUGACCGAAGAGACCGCGCGGCUGACGGGAUUGUCGGUCGACUACCUCGAAGCGAACGAUCUUCGGGUGAAGAUGUGGAACUUCUCGAAGGAGCUGCUCCGGGAUCGCAACUUGCUGGUUGGCCGCUUCGACAGCCGAUACACCGGACGCGACACGAACCGCAGCGGCGAAUCGAUGGCGUACGACCCGAGCGGCACGGCGAUCAUGGGCAUCUUCAGCGGCGCGAUGAACGCCUACCUGCGUGACGAGCUCGACUACGAGGACGAACGCGUCUACGAGAUCUCCGGCGACGUCCGCCCAUGGAACUACAAGCCGUACGUCAACCGUUACGUGACGACCGCGGGCGCCUUGCGCAAGGCGAUGACGGCCAACCCGCGGCUUGAGGUCUUCGCCGCCUGCGGCCACUACGACCUGGCGACGCCCCCCUUCGCGAUGAAGCACACCCGCGACCACGCCCUGGUGCGGCAAGACCUCCGCGAGCGAUUCACGAUCGACUUCUACGAAGCCGGCCACAUGAUGUACAUCCACGAGCCUUCGCACGAGAAGUUGCGAGCGGACCUCGUGAAGUGGUACGAGAAGGCGACGCGGUGA